AUGGCCAAGGUUUUAAAAGCCAUCGGCGGCAUCGGCGACAAGAUGACAUCAAGAGGCUUCCUCAUGUCCGCGCUAGGUACUUCAACUUUCGGUUCCCUUCCAAGCCUCAUCAUGCCCUUCCUCGGCGGGGCUAUGGUCGAUCCUAUAAUAUUCGGUACCAUCACAUCUGGCCUCAUUAUCGUCAUCAGUGCGAUUGGGAGCAUUGUCGUUUACAUUAAAUCCCGCCAAAAUUCCCGUCGUGCGAUCGAAAAGUCAGCAUUCGGACGAAUCUUGACGGAUAAAGAACGCAAAGAACGCAAAACAGAGUACAAAAACGCCAAACUCAAGGCUAAGCUGGAUAAAAAGGCAGAGCAAGCACAGCUGAAGGCAGAAGAGAAAGAAUUAAAGAGCGAACAAGCUAAAUUGAAAUCUUUAGCGAAAGCCGAAGCGAAGUUGUUGAAGAAGCAGACAAAACAGGUAAAGAAGGAGACGCUCCAAAAGAAGAUUACUGGCUUGCCCUUGAAGAUUGUUUUGGGAAGUGUCAAGUUUUUGAACACUCUCGCAGUAGAGAUUCCGAAAGCCAGUGUACCGGAUGUUCCCACUGACGCGGUGCUGGGUGCGGUGCAGGGCGAUAUUUUGCCAACGGAACCGACCGAUGCAGUCUCAUUAGCUAAGACUCAGCUAGAUGUCGGUGAAGCCAGCGAAAAGCUACCAUCUACAGGUCUUGAUGAAGCCGAGGGGAACUUGCCAGAGACAACUCUUGGUGAAGUCGAUGAAAAGCUAUCAGCGGUGGACCCUCAGACCGGUCCUGUGGCACCAACCCCUCUCGAGCUCACAACUACACAGCCAGUUCCAAUUACUCCUAUAACAAGCGCCCCCGGGUCGACACCGAUGCCUAUCACACCAAUCUAA